UCCUUCGCUCCCGUAAACGUCUUGCACAUUUUCACUGUAUAAUUGUAAUAAACAGUGUCGUAUGACCGUUAUCCAUACUUAUUGGCACGACACACUGCCAGCCGAGGUGCCACACGAUCGUCUACACUCGAAAGCAUCAGCCGCACGCGAAAAACUCCGUUAGCUCGCCUCGAAAUACUUUCAACAACAAAGAAUGCAGUGAACUCAUCACGAACGCUUUUGACGUACAAAUAGGCGGGAAAAUAAAACAGAAAUGGCGGCUAAGUGCGUUUUAUUUAUAACUCUUUGCUUGUUGGUUUCGUUGUGUGAAAUGAAGAAGAAGAAAAUGGAUUAUCCGACGGAGAAACAGAUGGUGCUGCAAAGGAAGGAAACCACGCCGGUUGACUUCACAAGAUUGGUUGUGAUGAGGUUAGUUUAUGGUUUUGCAAAAGUGUUGGGUUUCGAUGAACCUGUGAGCGAAAUACUCGAUGGUGCGUUCGUCCCGCCGGGAGCUGAUGAUGAGGAUGAUCUUUUUGGCGAUGACGAUGAUGAAGAAAGCAUAUUCGAUGAUUACUAAAAAGUGAUCAAUUGGAACUGAUCGUUUGAUAUUUGGUCCUUCGAUAUUUACAUGGUUGUGUAUCAAAUCCGUGAGUGUUCCAACGUUGUCUAACUUUUUAAAAUAAUUUUAACCCAUACCAA